AUGCCCCAGCCGAAAUCCGUCUCUGCCUUCCCUGCUCGCCCACCCCUUCUCACACCCCCUCAGUCUCGACGGCUCUCAGAUGCCCAUCACGACGUCACGGCCCACGGGUCGCACCGUUCCACGCCGCGCAGGGAUCGCGUCACGGCUGCGGAUGUGUAUGAUAAGGGCGCGAGCUCGCGCUCCCUUCGGAAGCGGAGGUCUUCGGAAGUCGAUGUCUCGUGCCCAACCUUCUACGACGGCGAGCACGAGCGCACAGAUGCUCCCUUGAGUCGGUAUGUACAAAUGAGCGAGGGAGAAGAAGACUUUGACGCUUUUGAAAAUGUGGAAUACGUGCUUACCGAAAGAUAUCGAGACGACCCGAGGGCAUCCGCUGUCGAUCCAGACGUAAACACGCCAAAGUCAGGUGCUUGGCGCUUGAUUUCUUCCAUUGGCAGUCCAUUUACAAAACGUAAGACAGAUGCAGACGAGGACGUGUACCAGAGUACCUUGGCGAUGGGUCAGAGCCGGCUGCAACCCAACAAGGCUGCGGGCAAGGGCCGCCGGCAACUGACAUUUUUCGGACUUCGAGGAACGAAGAACGAUGACGUGUGGUUAGAGUUUUCUUGCUCACUACCUGUGGAACGGUUGCUUAACGAGGUGGGUAAGAUUACAAAGUCGCUCGGAUAUCAGGUGUGGAGGCGACCAAGCGAGAAUAAGUUGCGAUGCAUUCGACAACUUAACCAUCGUCACGAAAUGCACAUGGUCAUUUUCGUCGGGUCUAUCCGGUUACCAGAGGGGAUUGUGAGCAUGGUUCGAUUGAAGAGGGCGAGGGGAGAUAGGAAUAGAACCCCGGCGUGGCGGUACAGCAACUUCUACCGCGAGCUCAUGGAGCGCUUGCAGCGAAAUGGUAUACCGGUGACUUCAGAUAGCUGA